AUGGUUCGCCAAAAUCCGUUUGAUCAGAAGAAAGCAUCCAUACUCACUGGUAUUGACUCUGAGAAGCCAGACUUAUCACCAAAAGGAGACAUCGAUGUACUUUGCAUACCGAUAAUAGACCUCAUUAAUUCUCACCAAGACAUGGUGACGACUUCAUCAUGCUCAGGAAGAGUAAGCGUGUUUGUAGAGGGAACUAAAUUUCAUAAAGGUAAAAUUAAGACUGGUGGUAAAGGUGAAGGUGGUAGAUGGUUAUUUGUUACACAUAAUUACCAAGAUGUGCCCAAUUGGAUGGAUAAGAUUGAUCUAAAUAAUACUAAGGUGAUGGAAGCCGCCACUGGUUCUUUGAAUGAGGAUACGAGGCUCGUUUUGUACAAAUUCGAACCAUUUAUACUUCAUGUCAAAUGCAGAGAUUUCAAUACUGCGUCCAAAUUGUACAACACCGCCAUGGCAUGUGGGUUUAGAGAAAGCGGUAUAGGAUCAAACAAUUUAGUUGCACUUAGAAUUAAUAUUAAGCUAGACACACCGAUAGGAUACUACGAUCAAGAGACCGAUGCGAUUAAGUUGUAUGUGUCUAAACAAUACGUCAAAAUACUAGAUGAUUUGAGCUUAUCCAAAUUUCAAGAUAAUACACGGAAGAUGGAGGCCUUACACGAUAGGAUAAAAAAUGAACUGUUCUAA